CAAGAAUCUGCAAACGUGUUAAAUUACCAUUUAUUUAUCUCUGUACAUUUUAAAUUUGACAUUAAAAUGACAAAGUUUCUAGCUCGUGGCGACCUCUUCAAAAGCUUUUUGUAAAGAAAGGCGUUGCAGUUUGAAUCAUGGCUCCACGAAAGGGAAAAGUUCAGAAAGAGGAAGUUCAAGUGUCCUUAGGACCCCAGGUUCGCGAGGGCGAAAUCGUUUUCGGCGUAGCACAUAUUUUUGCUAGUUUCAAUGAUACAUUUGUGCAUGUUACUGAUCUGUCUGGAAGGGAAACCAUUUCUAGAGUGACUGGAGGCAUGAAAGUAAAAGCCGACAGAGAUGAAGCCUCCCCUUAUGCUGCUAUGUUAGCUGCUCAAGAUGUAGCUGAAAAGUGCAAAUCUUUGGGAAUCACAGCACUUCACAUUAAAUUGAGGGCUACGGGGGGCAACAAAACGAAAACUCCAGGUCCGGGAGCUCAGAGUGCUUUGAGAGCUUUAGCCCGUUCAAAUAUGAAAAUUGGACGUAUUGAAGAUGUUACUCCGAUCCCAUCUGACUCGACUCGUAGAAAGGGCGGUCGCAGAGGUCGUAGGUUGUAAGUUACGACUUUGAUUUUGUAUCUUUGUGUUGAAAUAAAAACAAUGGCUAAGGUA